GAGAGGAGCCGCAGGCGGCUGGAGGGGGCGGCGGCCGCUGCUGGGUCUGAGAAAGUUGCCCCCCGUGCAGAUGGGAACUGAGGUAAAAUGCACACUUGCUGCCCCCCAGUAACUUUGGAACAGGACCUUCACAGAAAAAUGCAUAGCUGGAUGCUGCAGACUCUAGCGUUUGCUGUAACAUCUCUCGUCCUUUCGUGUGCAGAAACCAUCGAUUAUUAUGGGGAAAUCUGUGACAAUGCAUGUCCUUGUGAGGAAAAGGACGGCAUUUUAACUGUGAGCUGUGAAAACCGGGGGAUCAUCAGUCUGUCUGAAAUUAGCCCUCCCCGUUUCCCAAUUUACCACCUUUUGUUGUCCGGAAACCUUUUGAACCGUCUUUACCCCAAUGAGUUUGUCAAUUACACUGGGGCUUCAAUUUUGCAUCUGGGUAGCAAUGUUAUCCAGGACAUUGAGACUGGGGCUUUCCACGGGCUUCGGGGCUUAAGGAGAUUGCAUUUGAACAAUAAUAAACUGGAACUUCUGCGAGAUGAUACCUUCCUUGGCUUGGAGAACCUGGAGUACCUACAGGUUGAUUACAAUUACAUCAGCGUCAUUGAACCCAAUGCUUUUGGGAAACUGCAUUUGUUGCAGGUGCUUAUUCUCAAUGACAAUCUCUUGUCCAGUUUACCCAACAAUCUUUUCCGUUUUGUGCCCUUAACGCACUUGGACCUACGGGGUAAUCGGCUGAAACUUCUGCCCUACGUGGGGCUGUUGCAGCACAUGGAUAAAGUUGUGGAGUUACAGCUGGAGGAAAACCCCUGGAAUUGCUCCUGUGAGCUGAUUUCUCUCAAGGAUUGGUUGGACAGCAUUUCCUAUUCGGCCCUAGUAGGGGAUGUGGUUUGUGAGACCCCCUUCCGCUUGCACGGCAGGGACUUGGAUGAGGUAUCCAAGCAGGAACUUUGCCCAAGGAAGCUUAUUUCUGACUAUGAGAUGAGGCCGCAGACACCUUUGAGCACCACGGGGUAUUUACACACCACCCCGGCCUCAGUUAAUUCCGUGGCCACUUCUUCCUCUGCUGUUUACAAACCCCCAUUGAAGCCCCCUAAGGGGACCCGCCAACCCAACAAGCCCAGGGUGCGCCCCACCUCUCGGCAGCCCUCCAAGGACUUGGGCUACAGCAACUAUGGCCCCAGCAUCGCCUACCAGACCAAAUCCCCGGUGCCUUUGGAGUGUCCCACCGUGUGCUCUUGCAACCUGCAGAUCUCCGACCUGGGCCUCAAUGUAAACUGCCAGGAGCGCAAGAUCGAGAGCAUGGCUGAGCUGCAGCCCAAGCCCUACAAUCCCAAGAAAAUGUAUCUGACCGAGAACUACAUCGCUGUCGUGCGCAGGACAGACUUCCUGGAGGCCACUGGGCUAGACCUCCUGCAUCUGGGUAACAAUCGUAUCUCGAUGAUCCAGGACCGCGCUUUCGGGGAUCUCACCAACCUGAGGCGCCUCUACCUAAAUGGCAACAGGAUAGAGAGACUGAGCCCGGAGUUGUUCUAUGGCCUGCAGAGCCUGCAGUAUCUCUUCCUCCAGUACAAUCUCAUACGCGAGAUUCAGUCUGGGACUUUCGACCCUGUCCCAAACCUCCAGCUGCUGUUCCUGAACAACAACCUCCUGCAGGCCAUGCCCGCAGGCGUCUUCUCUGGCCUGACCCUCCUCAGGCUUAAUCUGAGGAGUAACCACUUCACCUCCUUGCCGGUGAGUGGAGUUUUGGACCAGCUGAAGUCCCUCAUCCAAAUUGACCUGCACGACAACCCUUGGGAUUGUACUUGCGAUGUGGUGGGCAUGAAGCUGUGGGUCGAGCAGCUCAAAGCGGGCGUCCUAGUGGACGAAGUCAUCUGUAAGGCGCCCAAGAAAUUCGCCGAGACCGACAUGCGCUCUCUUAAAUCGGAGCUGCUGUGCCCAGACUAUUCGGAUGUGGUGGUUUCUACGCCCACACCCUCCUCCAUCCAGGUGCCUGCUAGAACCAGCGCGGUGACCCCCGCCGUCCAGCUCAACAGCACCGGGGCCCCCGCGGUGGGCGCGGGCGGAGGGGCGUCCUCGGUGCCCUUGUCGGUGUUGAUCCUCAGCCUGCUCCUGGUUUUCAUCAUGUCUGUCUUCGUGGCCGCUGGGCUCUUCGUGCUGGUCAUGAAGCGCAGGAAGAAGAACCAGAGGCCUGCGCUUCCCAAGGUGAAGACGCCCGCCGGCCACGUUUACGAGUAUAUCCCCCAUCCACUGGGCCACAUGUGCAAAAACCCCAUCUACCGUUCCCGAGAGGGCAACUCCGUGGAGGAUUACAAAGACCUGCACGAGCUCAAGGUCACCUACAGCAGCAACCACCACCUGCAGCAGCAGCCGCCGCCGCCACCGCAGCCACAGCCCCAGCAGCAGCCCCCACCGCAGCUGCAGCUGCAGCCCGGGGACGAGGAGAGGCGGGAAAGCCACCACUUGCGGAGCCCCGCCUACAGCGUCAGCACCAUCGAGCCCCGGGAGGACCUGCUGGCGCCGGUGCAGGACGCAGACCGCUUUUACAGGGGCAUUUUAGAACCAGACAAACAUUGCUCCACCACCCCCGCCGGCAAUAGCCUCCCGGAAUACCCCAAAUUCCCGUGCAGCCCCACUGCUUACACUUUCUCCCCCAACUAUGACCUGAGGCGCCCCCAUCAGUAUUUGCACCCGGGGGCAGGGGACAGCAGGCUGCGGGAACCGGUGCUUUACAGCCCCCCGAGUGCUGUCUUUGUAGAACCCAACCGGAACGAAUAUCUGGAGUUAAAAGCAAAACUAAACGUUGAGCCGGACUACCUCGAAGUGCUGGAAAAACAGACCACAUUUAGCCAGUUCUAAAAGCAAAGAAACUCCCUUGGAGCUUUUGCAUUUAAAACAAACAAGCGAGCAGACACACACAGUGAACGCAUCUGAUUGUGUUGUUUCAACGUUUAGGGUGAAGUGCCUUGGCACGGGAUUCUCAGCUUCGGCAGAAAAUACUGGAAGGGUGUGCAAUUUCCUUUUAGUUUUACACGUGGGAAACAUUUAUGUAAACUGGGCACAUCACUUUCUCUUCUCGCGUGUGGGGGAGGAGAGGGGAAGGGCUUUAUGGAGGGCAAUUUGCAGUGAGGAUGACUUGUUAAAGGUCGCAGUCGUUUCUGUAGUGAUUGGAAGUGCUAAGAAUGGCGGAAGAUCGCAGCGCGUAGAUUUCACUCUUUCCUCUUUUGUAUCCGGUCCCCCGCCCCCCGCCCCCAUUGUCCCCCUUUAAGCCAUGGGUGGAUCUAAAUGGCUUUUGGCUUUUGUGGAGAGAUUAGCACACCCAACUUUAAUAGGAAGUUUGUCCUCCCCUACCCCCUUCUUCUUUGC